AUGGAAACAACUCAAAAGCCGUUAAAGCCAAAUCCACGUGAAAAAGCGAAUUUUUUGUCACUUUUGACCUUUUGGUGGACCAUAGACUUCUUUAAACUCGGAUAUCGUAAAGUAAUCGAGUUCGGUGACCUUUUUAAGCCGUUACAAUGUGAUCAUUCCGAAGUUUUAGGAAAUCGUCUUGAACAUGAAUGGUUCAAAGAAGUUCAAAAAAAUCAAAAAAGCCCAUCUCUGAUCAAAGCUCUGGCAAAAACUUUUUGGAAGGAAUACACAAUUUCAGCAUGUGUCCAAAUUUUCAACGAACUUUUCCUGAGAAUUGCUCAACCUUUGGUGCUUGGAAGGCUUUUGUUGUAUUUUAAACAAGAACCUGGCAUAACAUCCGAUGAAGCACUUUACUACACAAUCGCGCUGGUUUGUUUAAACUGCUUGAACGCAAUUUGUGUAAAUCAAUACAUUCUCGGUGCAUUUCAUAAUGGCAUGAAAGUUCGUGUGGCGAUUUGCAGUGCAGUUUAUCGCAAAGCCCUUCGAUUAUCGAAAACUGCGUUGGGAGAUACUUCUCCGGGCAAAGUCAUCAACUUACUUUCGAACGAUGUGAACCGUUUUGACAUCGUUAGCGUCGUUAUUCAUCACAUGUGGAGUGCCCCAUUACUCGCUGUCAUCGUGGGAUACCUCCUGUACCGCGAAGAUGGAUAUCCCGGACUCAUCGGGAUGUUUGUCAUCUUCUUCGUUGUGCCGCUGCAAUCCUACACGGGCAAACUUGCGUCUCAAUUUCGCCUUCAGACAGCUUUGCGAACCGAUGAAAGGGUUCGUCUCAUGGACGAAAUCAUCUCCGGCAUACAAGUCAUCAAAUAUUACGCGUGGGAAGUGCCUUUUGCCAAAUUAAUUCGCGUCGCGAGAAAAAUGGAGCUGCGUGUCGUGAGGAAAAGUAGUUAUGUGAGAGCUCUUUACAUGACUUUCAUGCUUUUCACGACGAGAAUGGCGCUGUUUGCGACAAUGUUAGCAAUUGUGGUACUCGGUGACGAGCUGACAGCCUCAAAAGUGUAUGUGACAGCUGCUUAUUAUGCCAUAAUUUCGAGUACAAUGUCUCAAAUGUGGGUUCGAGGGGUGGCGGAGAUCGCAGAAGCCUUUGUUUCGAUCAAAAGAAUCAAAAAAUUCUUAGAAUAUGAGGAAAAGGAGUCGGAAAAACUGAAACAUGAUGAGAAAUAUUUGAAAGAAAUUCAUGAAAAUGGCGAUUUAAAGCUCAAAACCGUAGAAAAUAACGGAAACUCGGAUCUCCCGCCAAAAAUAGCACUUUCAAUGAGGAACGUAACUGCCAAAUGGGAUGCCGUUCAUGAGCAAGGCUUUAAAAAUGACUCAAAAAUUGAAGUUGCCGAUGUCAAAGAUGAGUCCCGAUUGACUUUAGAUUCCAUUAACAUCAAUAUCCCCAAAGGAAAACUCAUUGGCGUCGUUGGUGCUGUUGGCGCCGGCAAAAGUAGUCUUCUUCAAGCCAUUUUACGUGAACUUCCUUUGAUAUCCGGGUCAAUUUCGUACUCUGGGGACAUCAGUUACGCAAGUCAGGAAGCAUGGAUCUUCGCCUCUACUGUUCGGCAAAACAUCCUUUUCGGGCAGGAAAUGAACAAAGAACGAUAUGAUGCUGUUGUAAAGGUUUGCGCUUUGCUAAAAGACUUUGAGCAACUUCCGUUUGGCGAUUUAACAAUAGUUGGCGAACGAGGCACGGCACUUUCAGGCGGGCAAAAAGCUCGCAUCUCCUUGGCACGAGCCGUUUAUCGAAAAGCUGACAUUUAUUUGCUGGAUGAUCCAUUAUCUGCUGUCGAUGCGCACGUCGGGCGACAUUUAUUCGAGGAAUGCAUCGGACAUCGAGGUCGUUUAGGCAAACAACGUGCCACGAGGAUCUUGGUGACACAUCAAGUGCAUUACCUGAAAGAUGCGGAUGUCGUGGUUGUACUGAAAGAGGGCAAAAUUGAGCAUAUGGGAUCGCCUCAGGAACUUUCGCGAAUGGGAAUUGAUUUUUCGAAGAUGUUAGAAUCCGAGGAAUAUCGUGACGGCAGUUCUGAAGUCGAUGAACAGUCGAAAAGGGGCGGUUCUCGUACCGGAAGUCGCAGUAGAAAGAGUUCCGUGACGUCAAGUGGGUCACAAAGUCCCGAAGGAUCACUCGAUGGAAGCGAUGAUGAAGACGAUAAAAAGGUUGAACAGCAAAAUAAUUUGGAAGAAAGCAGCAAAGGGAAAGUUCAAGGCGUUUUUCGUAAAUAUUUGGCAGCAGGAUCGCAUCCAAUUUGCUUCACACUGAUUUUUGGCAUGUUUUUCCUCACGCAAGCGAUCGCAAGUACGAUUGAUUGGUGGUCGAGUUAUUGGACGUCGCAGGAAGAAUGGAGAAAUUACCUGAAAUUGAAUGAAACGCAGCUCGAAAAUGCGAAUGACGAAGGUUACGCGAGUCAUUUUGUGAAUUACUUCAGUGCAGCCAUUGCGGUACUUUUUAACGAACCGGAGCCCUUGAGUAGCAAUAUUUGUGCAAUAAUUCAUGGAUCGUUGUUGGCUGCGUUGUUUUUAUUUGCACUCACGAGAUCAAUUACUUUUUAUAAUUCAGCAGUUCGGUCUUCGCAAAAAUUGCAUGAUGAAAUGUUUAAAGGGGUAGUUGGGGCACCAAUGAGAUUUUUUGACACGAAUCCGAGUGGAAGGAUUUUGAAUCGUUUCUCCAAAGACUGCGGCGCCACAGACGAAUUCCUGCCAAAAGCCAUCCUCGAUUCCAGUCAAAUUCUUCUCAACAUGAGUGGAGCGAUCAUCGUCACAGCAAUCGUCAACUACUAUUACAUCAUUCCAAUCGCCGUUUUAGCGAUCGUUUUUCAACUUGUGCGAAAAAUCUACCUUCGAACGUCGAAAAAUGUCAAAAGAUUGGAAAGUAUCGUUCGGUCGCCCGUUUUUACGCAUCUCGCCGUCACUUUGAACGGUCUCCCGAUUAUUCGCGCUUUUGGAACGCAGGAAAUUUUGACGCAGGAAUUUGAUGCACUGCAAGAUGCGCAUUCGGCAGCUUGGUACAUGUUCAUUGUGGGAGCAACAGCUUUUGGAUUCAUGCUCGAUUUGAUGUGUUUGAUAUUUUUUGCCGUGGUGACGUUUAGUUUUCUCGUGUUGCCAAAGGGAGGCGAUCAAGUUGGGUUGGCAAUCACUCAAGUUAUGGCUUUGACGGGCAUGAUGCAGUGGGGAGUGCGUCAAAGUGCCGAAGUUUCGAACCAAUUGAUGUCCGUGGAGCGAAUUCUCGAAUACAAAACGAUCGCCAAAGAAAAGGAACCGGAAAAAGCGGUUGAAGUAGCGAAAGAUUGGCCUACAAAGGGAAGUAUUGAGUUCAGAAAAGUUAGUUAUCGUUAUCAUGAAGAAGGAGAAUUAGUUUUAAAGGACUUGGAAUUUGAAGUUAAAUCCGGUGAAAAGAUUGGAAUUGUUGGUCGAACAGGCGCUGGAAAGAGUUCCCUCAUCGGAGUUUUGUUCAGAAUCGCCCUCGUUGAAGGUGAAGUCAUCAUUGACGGCAUCGACACAUCCCGAAUUCCCCUCAGAAACUUACGUCAAAAAAUUUCCAUCAUUCCGCAAGAUCCCGUCCUGUUUUCAGGCACUUUACGUCGCAAUUUGGAUCCUUUUGAGGAAUUCCAGGACUCAAGUUUGUGGAAAGCUCUUGAAGAAGUCGAGCUAAAAGACAUCGCGAGUGGUCCUCUUGGGCUCCAAAGUGCCGUCGCUGCUGGCGGAAGCAAUUUCAGUGUUGGUCAACGGCAAUUGCUGUGUUUGGCUCGUGCAAUUUUGAGAAAUAAUCGAAUUUUGGUGCUGGAUGAGGCAACAGCGAAUGUCGAUCCUCACACGGAUGAAUUGAUCCAAUUGACAAUCAGAAGACAAUUUGCUCAUUGUACGGUUCUGACAGUGGCUCAUAGACUUCACACAAUCAUGGAUAGCGAUCGAGUGCUUGUAAUGGAUGCAGGACGAGCUGAAGAAUUUGGACCGCCGCAUGAAAUUUUGCAGUUGCCGGCAGGGAUAUUCAGGGAAAUGGUUGAGUCGACGGGACCACAAGAAAGUGCAAAUUUGAUGCAAAUUGCCAGAUUAAAAUACGAAAUGAAAAUUUAGGGAAUUUUUUUUUGUUAUUAUUUGUUAUAAAUUUGAAUAAAAAAGUGGAUGUACUUAUCA